AUGGGAUCACCCAAUAGCUCAUCAUUGAAAAUUUUGUAUGUCUGCCAAGUGGCUCCGGCCACUGACCUACCCCCGUCAACUACCACCAGAUUAACUCUCCCUCUCACAUUUUUUGAUGCAAGAUUUUUCAGAUUUCCUCCAGCUGAGCGCGUUUACUUCUACAAACUCGCUGAGUCACCUCUAUUCUUCCAAUCGGAAAUCCUUCCAACCAUCAAACUCUCACUCUCACAGACUCUCCUCCAUUUUCUUCCUCUCGCUGGCCAUCUCACAUGGCCGUCGGAUUCCUCUAAACCUGUGAUUGUUUACACUCCAAAUGAUGUCGUUUUACUCACAGUUUCCGAGUCUUCGGCCGACUUCGACCGUUUGACAAGCAAUGAAAUCCUUGAAGUUGCUGAACCAAGACAGUACAUUCCUGAGUUAAUAAUAUCAGAAACAAUGGCGUCAAUAAUUGCUUUGCAAAUUACAUUAUUUUCCAAUAGAGGUUUUUCCAUUGGCAUUGCCAUGAACCACUCAGUAGUUGAUGGAAAAACUGCUUCCAUGUUUCUCAAAGCAUGGGCUCAUAUAUGCAAAACCAAAAGUAUAAGUUUAUUGCCGGAGUUAACUCCAUCUUUCGACCGCUCCGCAAUUAAAGACCCAAAUGAGCUUGAGCAAUUCUAUCUGAAUCAGUGGAAAAAUAUUGAUUCAGAAUCCAACAGGCGAAGCGUGAAAUUGUUGCCCCAUCUUCUAGGAGUUUCACCAAACUUAUCUCGAGCCACAUUUAAUUUGACUCGUGAAAGAAUCGAGAAACUCAGAGAAAUUGUAUUUAGUUACCACAAGAACCAGGUUACCGAAUCAAAGCCCACUAAAAAUCUUCAUUUAUCUACAGUUGUCGUUAUAUGUGCUUAUUUGUCAGUCUGUGCAGUAAAAGCUAGAGGCGGAGACACUAACAGAAAGGUUUACAUUCUAGUACCAGUGGAUUGUAGGAGCAGAUUAAAUCCUCCAAUUCCAUCAAAUUAUUUUGGUAAUUGUCUAUAUGUUCUUAACACAGUUGCAGAAGCAAGAAUUUUCAUGGAGGAAAAUGGAGUGGCUAUUAUAGCAGAGAAGCUAAGUGACUCAAUACAAGGGCUGGAGACAGGGAAAGCGCUUUUUAAAGAAGAAAAGGAAAGGCAUGGGAGGAUGAGAGGCGAAGGAGCAGCUGUGCAAAAGGUCGGGAUAACUGGAUCACCUCUGUUUAAGUAUUAUGAAGAGGAUUUUGGAUGGGGAAGACCUGAGAAGGUGGAGAUUGUGUCUAUAGAUAGAGUUAAUGGUGUUUCUUUGAUGGACAGUAGAGAUGGAAAUGGAGGAGUUGAGAUUGGGAUGGUUUUGCCCAGGCUUGAAAUGGAGUCUUUUGCCUCACUUUUUCUUCAACGCCUUAAUUAAUGAUAUUUCUCUAUUAUGAAAUUUCAUUUUUCAUAUGUACUAAUUUUGUAUAUUUAUUUGUAGUUUUUAGUUUUUAA